AUGCCACCCAGGCAACCGAAUCAAACCAAGCUCACAUUCGAGCCGACCGGUGCAACUUCCAACCCGUCCACGUCUGCCUACUCGCCUGCCCGAGUUAGAUAUGCCAAAGCUUCGCAAAACAGUCCAGCUGCCCGGUCGUCGCCCAUGGCUGCAUCUUCUUCCUUAGCUUCUGGGAGCUCUCGCCGCACCAGCAGAAGGAAACAAAAGCAGGGUAGGUUGGAUGACUCAAUCCCGCCACCAGCCAGUUUCAUGCCCAGGCAGACUGGCCGCCGACCUCGCGCUUUGGAAGAUGAUUCCUCUUCUGAAUCGGCUGUCGAGAUUGGGGAUGGAGGUUAUGAUGAUGAUGAUGAUGAUGUCGACCUUCUACCUCCUACCCAGAUGGCUAGCAAGCCGCAGAGCAGAGAGGCCUCAGAUUCCGAAGACUCGGAUGACGAGCCAAUUAUUGUGAACCCAAAGUCAUCUCAGUCGGUUUCUACUAGACUGAAGAAUACUGUUAUCUCAGAUGAUAGCGAUGAAGAAGAGUCAGAACCUCCAAAACUAUCAUCCCCGCGUAAGAGACGACGCUCAGCCGUUAGUAGGUCUGACGACUCGGAUGAUGCUCCCGUUUUGCCACCAAACUCCAAAGGAAAGAUUUCACCUCAUACACUUAUCGAGCUUGAUGAUUCGGAUUCGGAUGUCAUUUCUCCAUUGAAGAAAAGAAAGAUUGCUCGCCAUUCAUCCCCAAGCACCCCAGUAAAUAAUCGUACGCCAGGGAGAUUAAAGAGGCCAGGGGAGAUGGUCUCUUCUCCCACGAAAAAGCCACACAAGGGACACAGAUCUGAUAAGCAGAAGAAGAUGGAGCUUCUGCGACGUCGCCGUGCAGGCGAAAAGAUUCAGCAGCUCACAUCCUCAGAGUCAUCUUCAGGCGAGGACGAAAAGCGUGGAAUUUACGACUCCGAUUCUGAAGGCAACUUUGAAGCGCUGAAGGAAUUUGAUGAUGAAGAAGAGGAAGUGGAGGUGCAAGAGCAACCGGCUCAGACUAAAAAGAAGCACAAGCGCAAACGUGAAAAGUCGGCAGACAAGGAAAAUAGUGAGAGUGAUUUAGAAGACUUCGUCACAGAUGAUGAUGACGCGCUACUAGGUGCCCCCGUGGACAUCCCACUCGAGUUCACAUCACAUGCUCACAAACCCUUGAAAGACCAGUUUCCAUUCGUAAUAGAAUGGUUAGUUCAUAACCGAGUCAAUCCGGCGUUUGAUCGAAAAGACCCUGUCUACGUCAAUGCAUGGCACAAACUCGAUGAUGAAGUCAGUGGUCUCGCAAAUUCGAAGUUCACAUCGGCUGCCUGGAAAUUAGAUUUCAAUCGUGCAUUGAAGAGCCGCCCGCGGCUCGAGACAUUCCCACUUGCCCAGAUUGGCACAGGCUUGUAUGACACUUGUCAGGCCUGCGGCCGAAGCGGACACCCUUCAACUUUCAGGGUCAUUUUCUCGGGUUCACCAUACUACAAGGAUACACUCGCGGAAGUCGAGUCAGAUUCCGAAGAUGAUGAUGACGAUAAUGACGCGGCAUCCGUCGAUGAGCACGGUAUGGAGCUACCCCCGGCGACCAAGGAAUGGAGUGUCGGAAGCGUAUGCUGCAGCAAUGCCGAGACAGCCCAUAGCCUGCUUCACUGGAAACACGCACUCAAGGAAUGGGUCGAGGCGCGCCUAGAUGACGAGGGAUGGAUGACGCCUCAGAAGCUGAGCGAACGUGAGAAGAUGAAGGCAAAGAAGCGCCGCGCACUCGCCAAUCAGAUCGUGGACGACUGGCAGGAGAGGCGCGUUGUGGCUGCGCUCUACGGUGAUUUCAAGAAUACUAUCGAGAACGCCCGGAAUCAGGCGACCACAGGGCGCGGUGCGAGAGGGAAGUUCCGAUAA